AUGUGGAAAAAAGAGAAAACGAUAGAAGGGGUUUCAUCAUCUUCUAUUUUAACAUUAAAGUCAAUAGUUUCAAAUGAAGAGCAAUUAAUUAAAGAACAAGGAAUAACCCAUUCAAAGCCAGUAAAGUCCAUGAGACUAAAUCAAGAUGGUGAUGUUACUUUGGAUAAUAAACUAAAUAAGGGUGUUAAUCAAAGAAAUGAAAAAGAUAUUGAAUUUGAAAAUAGUUCAAGGGGUCAAAAUGCAUUAGAAAAGAGUCAUAACUCUUUGUUAAUAAAAUCUAAACUUUAUAACAAACUUUUAAAUAAAAGAACAGAUGAUAAUGACAGUGAUAGUGAUGAGGAAAGAAGAGAGGAUAAUGAAAACCAACUAAUUGAUUUUCAAAGAAAAAAGGAAGACGAAUCAAAUAAUGAUAAUAAUAAUAAUAAAAGAAUAAUACCAACUAAUAUGUAUCAUCCUGAUUUUGAAAGAGAAAAGAAAAGAAAGUUAUGGGAAGAGGAUAUCAGGAAUGAACUAAAUGAAGACGACAAUAUUGAAGAGUUGGAAGAAAUUAAAAAACUAAACAAAAUUGAACAAAUGAAAAGAGAAGAGGAGUUAACCAGACAAAAUAGGGCCAAGGCACAAUUAGAGAAAGAAAAUCAAAAUAAAGAACAGCAGGAUAGAUUAGAUUUAAUAAAUAAACAAAAAAAACUAGCCUUAUUAAAACAGAAAUUAAAAGAAAAACAACAACCAAAAUAA